UGAAAUCGAGUAUAAAAGUUUCUUCAAAAUGAGGGACCUACUUCUCGUUAGUCUCCUCCUUAGCAUUGCCUCUGCCACCUUUCCUGGUUCUUACUAUGGAAGUCCCGGAUAUGUUCAGUCCCUACCCCCAAGAAUCACCUCUCUCACAAUGACCUUUCCCCACGGAAACCCUUUCAGACCAGGCGAGAACUACGUGGAUCUGGGAAGAACCGGGCCCUACUAUCUUGGUAACAGUCACAGAGGAUACACCAUCUAUCCAACAUACGGAAUCAGUAAUACGUAUAACAGGCUGUUUGGUGAUGGGUCUCCCUUUCGGUUAAUUGGGGGCAAUAAUUAUGGAGGUUAUCCAUUUGGAGGCUAUCCGUCGGGAAAUAUCGGAGGUGGUCUUUUAGGGAGACCUUUUGGACGUAAGUAAAAUGACAACU